CGCUGCGGUGCUGCCGUGCUCCCCUCCCGGUGGCGGUUCACUCUAUAGCGGGCUGACCAGAGAGGCUGUAAGGGCGGAAAACAUGGCGGGCAUGAGUGCGGCGGGUACCCGGUCAGGUUCGGCCGCCGGCCCGGUCCAACAGGGACUGAAGGAGGCGUUGAUUGAAACUCUGAAUGCUAUUCUGUCCCCGGUCCAAGAAGUACGUGCAGCCGCGGAGGAGCAAAUCAAAGUGUUGGAGGUGACGGAGGAGUUUGGCGUCCAUCUGGCAGAACUCACAGUAGACCCUCAGGGGGCUCUUGCGGUCCGUCAGUUGGCAUCAGUCAUUCUGAAGCAGUAUGUGGAGACUCACUGGUGUUCACAGUCAGAGAAGUUCAGGCCUCCAGAAACCACUGAUCGGGCUAAAGCUGCCAUCAGGGAACUGCUACCCGGGGGUCUUCGGGAGGCUAUCAGUAAGGUCCGCUCCAGUGUGGCCUACGCCGUGUCAGCCAUUGCCCACUGGGACUGGCCUGAGGCUUGGCCACAGCUCUUCACCUUGCUGAUGGAGAUGCUGGUCAGUGGAGAUGUCAAUGCUGUGCACGGGGCCAUGAGGGUCCUUACAGAGUUUACAAGGGAGGUGACGGAUACACAGAUGCCGCUGGUGGCUCCUGUGAUUCUACCUGAGAUGUACAAGAUAUUCACCAUGGCGGAGGUUUAUAGUAUUCGUACCCGCUCCAGGGCAGUGGAGAUCUUUACCACCUGUGCCAACCUCAUCUGUGCAAUUGAAGAGCUGGAAAAGGGUGCAGCUAAAGCAUUAAUCUUCCCCGUGGUGCAGCAGUUCACGGAGGCCUUUGUGCAUGCCCUGCAGAUGCCCGAUGGUCCCUCCUCUGACAGCGGGCUCAAGAUGGAGGUUCUCAAGGCGGUGACGGCACUGGUGAAGAACUUUCCAAAACCGAUGGUGUCCUCCAUGCAGCAGAUAUUGCCUAUUGUGUGGAAUACCUUAACUGAAAGUGCAUCUUUUUAUGUGAGAACAGAGGUUAAUUACACAGAAGAAGUGGAUGACCCAGUAGACUCAGAUGGUGAGGUUUUGGGCUUUGAGAACUUGGUGUUCAGUAUCUUUGAGUUUGUCCACACGUUGCUGGAGAACAACAAGUUUAAGAGCACUGUGAAGAAGGCCCUGCCUGAACUUAUCUACUAUAUCAUCCUCUACAUGCAGAUCACUGAAGAUCAGAUAAAAGUUUGGACAGCUAACCCUCAGCAGUUUGUGGAGGAUGAAGAUGAUGACACCUUCUCCUACUCUGUCAGGAUCUCUGCUCAGGACUUACUACUGGCGGUUGCGACGGAGUUUCAGAAUGAAAGUGCAGCAGCGCUGGCGGCGGCAGCAACCAGACACCUCCAAGAGGCGGAACAGGCCAAGAACAGUGGCAACGAGCACUGGUGGAAGAUCCACGAGGCAUGUAUGCUGGCCCUGGGCUCUGUGAAGGCCAUCAUCACAGAAAAUGUGAAGAAUGGCCGUAUCCAGUUUGACAUGCACGGCUUCCUGGCCAAUGUUAUCCUUGCUGAUCUCAACUUGACUGCGGCGUCUCCAUUUCUGCUCGGCCGUGCUCUGUGGGCGGCCAGUCGGUUCACUGCGGCCAUGUCUCCUGAGCUCAUCCAGCAGUUCCUCCAGGCCACUGUCAGCGGCCUCCAUGACAGCCAGCCGCCCUCUGUCCGCAUCUCCGCUGUCAGGGCCAUCUGGGGGUACUGUGACCAGCUGAAGCUGUCUGAGAGCACACACGUCCUGGAGCCCUUCCUGCCCAGCAUCUUGGAGGGCUUGGUGCAGCUGGCGGCCCAGUUCAGCUCGGAGGUGCUCACCCUCGUCAUGGAGACACUCUGCAUCGUCUGCACCGUGGACCCUGCCUUCACCACCAGUGCUGAGAACAAGAUCUGCCCCCUCACGAUUGCCAUCUUUCUCAAAUACAACAAUGACCCUGUGGUGGCAUCUCUAGCCCAGGACAUCUUUAAGGAGCUGGCCCAAGUUGAAGGAUGCCAGGGCCCCAUGCAGAUGCGCCUCAUCCCCACUCUGGUCAGCAUCAUGCAGGCUCCCCCAGACAAGAUCCCCUCUGGACUCUGUGCUACAUCCAUAGACAUCCUGACGACAGUGGUGCGCAACACCAAAGCCCCUCUGUCUGAGAUGCUGGUCUGUCAGGCCUUCCCUGUUGUGGCUCAGUGCACCCUCCGCACUGAUGAUAACACAAUCAUGCAGAAUGGUGGUGAGUGUCUGCGGGCCUAUGUCUCCAUUGCCCUGGAGCAGGUAGGCCAGUGGAGGGAUGAGCAGGGGAACAGCGGCCUAUGGUAUGUCAUGCAAGUAGUCAACCAGCUCCUGGACCCCAGGACCUCAGAGUUCACGGCGGCUUUCGUGGGCAGGCUGGUGUCCACACUGAUUUCCCGGGCUGGCACAGAGCUGGGGGACCAGCUAGACCAGAUCCUAAGAGCCAUCCUCAGUAAGAUGCAGCAGGCAGAGACAUUGAGUGUCAUGCAGUCUCUGAUCAUGGUGUUUGCCCACCUGGUGCACUCCCAGCUGGAGCCCCUGCUGGAGUUCCUGUGCAGCCUGCCUGGCCCCACAGGAAAACCCGCCCUGGAGUUCGUCAUGACAGAGUGGAUGAGCCGGCAGCACCUCUUCUACGGACAGUACGAGGGCAAAGUCAGCACGGUGGCCCUCUGCAAGCUCCUCCAGCAUGGCCUUAAUACCAAUGACAAACGUCUCCAGGACAUUGUGGUGAAAGGAGAGGAGAUCUUCAGCCUUGACGAGGGCAUACGUACACGCUCCAAAUCUGCCAAGAAUCCAGAACGGUGGACCAACAUUCCUUUACUAGUGAAAAUCUUCAAGCUGAUCAUCAAUGAGCUGUCGUCUGUAGUGGAGGCAAAUGCCAGCAGGGCCAAUGCAGCAGACUGGAGCCAGGAUUCCAGCGGCAUGUGGGAGGACCAGGAGGAGGAGGGAGGGGGAGAUGACGAUGAUGAAGAUGAAGGGCUGGCAGGGCAGCUGCUCUCAGAUCUGAUUGCCUCCAACAAAUACGAUGACAACUACUAUGAGGACGAUGAGGAAGAUGAUCCAGAUGCCUUGAAGGACCCCAUAUAUCAGAUUGACCUACAGGCAUACCUGACAGACUUCCUGACCCAGUUCUCCCAGCAGCCUUGUUACAGCAUGUUCUCCAGCCACCUCAAUGACACUGAGAGACGAGCCCUGCAGUCUAUAGGCCUCUAGCCUCGCCCCUCCACCCACCCCCCUUCUUCCAUGACCAAUGCUCAUAAAGACACUCCUUUUCACCCCCAUCCUCGUGUGCUCUCAUUAGAUUCACAACAAAGGAAAAAAAAACAGGAGUACAGAGUGAUGGGCAAGGGGGGAAAGAGGAAAUGGAGCAGGAAGAAACGGACAUGCACUUACCCACAGAUCCCGUUUUCGCCAUAUAUGUUGGUUGUGAUUGGACGGGUCUGGAGGACUCCUGACAGUAAAGAAGAGGAUGAACAAGGGGUGAGGGUAGAGAGAUGUGUGAGACCAGCCAGGUAUGUGCCCAUAGGAGACUCGGAGGUCAUUUACGCAAUGGUUUCUAUCUCACCUCCCUCUCGCGUUUUGGAUUAGAAAAGGGCUGGACUAGAACUAAACAGAGGGGUUGUGGUUUACCAGCAGGGCAGGUAAACCAUGAAAUAUGAAAAGACUGUUUUUACCAUGUCCUAUUUGUAACCCAACCCAUUAUUUUUGUGGUUCUGUAUAAACACUUUUUUUUUUGGUGGGGGGGGGGUAAAGAAAAAAAAAUGCUUCCAAGAGACUUGAUGUAAUUACGGUCAAAGAAUUGUCCUAUGAGUUAAGAGAGAAAUAUUGGCGGCCUUAUUUUCAGAAAAUGUUGACUUUUCUGGAGAGAAAUGAAAAGCUCUUAGACCAGUUGUCAUGUCUGAGGGUAUGGUGGGCAGGAUUGAAUUCACACUGUUGCCAUGGUGAUCCACAGCUUUGUCAUUUCCCUGUACCCACUGGAGUUUGGGUUUGAAAUCUUUCUAAAUAAAAGUCCUGAC